UAAAGAUAGGUUCAGGAAGUAGCUUUAAAUAGCAGGAUGUUGUAAACAAAGCUGACAGCUAUUCUGUUAGCUGCUUGUAUACGCGAGUCGAGAGAAACGACUCAUCGAUAUUAAAUUGUAGCUAGCGGUUUCUUGUAAAUAGUUUGCCGUUCAUCGGGUAGAUCUCAUUCAUCAAGGCAUCCGGGGAUCUGGCUUAUUGGUGACGGUUCGCUCAUUUGAAAGCGUUAGCUGCUGCACCGGCUAACUCGUUAGCAUUUAGCCUCCAAAGUUUGCAUUCAAAUUCAGUUGUUUUUCUUACAUAGGGUAGAUAUUUCAUUUUGUCUGCCGUGUUUGAUACCCGACUAGUGAAAAGGACGAUUCACACGCCGCAGCGGGGCAACGAUGUCCACGUCCAACGCCAAUUUCAAAAACAAGUGUGUGAGCCACGUUAACUGUAUAUUUUGCGACAGUUUGCUCUGCACUAGAGGCAUGAAAGCGGUGCUUCUUGCGGACACCGAAGUUGAGCUUUAUUCGACGGAUAUCCCCCCAAACCGAACUGUUGACUUUGUAGCCAGCUGCUACUCCACUGAAAGCUGCAAAUGCAAACUGAGAGACAUCGCUUGUCUCAAGUGCGGGAAUGUUGUGGGCUAUCAUGUCGUGGCCCCGUGUAAACCCUGUCUGCUGUCCUGCAACAACGGACAUUUCUGGAUGUUCAACAGUGACGCGGUGUAUACUCUAAAUAGGCUGGACGAAACAGGUCUAAAUCUGCUCCUGUGGGGAGACCUGCCUGAGCUGGACGACAGCGAGAACGAAUCCAAAAACCCAUCAGAGGAAGAGUGCAUCAGGUAGAGAUGGACAUUCACAAUGUCAAAGACCCUGAGUGACACAGAGGGGCAGGAAGGACCAGUGGAGCAUAUUGCUGAUUCAAGAGAGGCCUUAAGGAAUAAUUUAACAUUUUACUUCUGUAGGAUAAAAUGUGUGAUGAUUUCACUGCUGAUGUAGAGUAUCUGCUGCACUGCUGGACAGACUGGACUCUCAAUACACGCACUCAUUAGUGAGCAGAGCACAGUUAUUAACCCCGACAUGACUGGUGUUACCGUUACUCUUACAAUAGAGACCAUGCCUUCCACUCCACUUCCCACUGUGGCAGGCGCACGUGCACAAUUCCUUUCCUCAUUUCGUCACCUGGGUUAUGACUUAAACAAUGAUACACUCCGUUUUUUUUGUUGAGUUUGGCGAGUAUUUGAAAAGCUGAUGCUGUCGCAUGACAUUCAGUGAUGCUGUGUUACACUGCAGGUUUGAACAUAAUCUGAGUGACUUUUUUUCUUGAAUGAGCUGGAGUGGCAUGACGAGUGUGUGUCAGGAAUGACUCAUCAUUUGGAGAAAUAGCACAACUCAUGAAUGUUCGGAUUUCAUCUGAACUACAUGGUAUGUCUUGUUCGUUCUCACUUUUUUGUACUUCAUCUGCUCUUGUAACUGACAACGUUGGUGUCUUCAUCAUGAAUGACAAACAUUCAGUCCCAAAUACCUCUUCAAAGGUCUCAUUCGAGGCAUGUUCCUCAAAUCAAAUAUACAUUUAAAGUACUUACUUUGAAGAAUUCACAUUUUUGGAGGAUCAGCAUUUUUGUGACUGCACUCUCAUUCAUGUUGUUGUCGUUUAAGCUCAGAAGGAUCUUGCAUGCCAUUUGUUGGACUCCACCAUGUGACUGCUAGUCAUGUCGCUGAGCUAUGUUGUUGGACACCCUAGUUAAUUUAAAUUAUUAUCAAGUCUUAAGAUUGCAUUCAUUCUCUCUAUUAUUUAUUAUUGUUUUUUGACCGCCUGGCGUUUCGCUUCUCUUCACCCGGGGACCAUCUUUCAUCAGGCAGCAGGGUAUUUAUUAAAAUAUAAAAAGAAUGUUGUGUUUAAAGAAAGACAAAUAUACUUUUUCUACCUAAAUUGGCCUGGGAAAUAUGAUUGCCGUGUUCUCUUCCUGAAAGUGACGGCCUCCACCACUUGCACAAGAAAUUCUCUGGUAACUGAACUAUUUAUUAAUAUAAACCAAAUGUAUAACCACACAGUUUUAUAUUGUUUACACAUGUUUGGUUAGUAUUGUGAAGUCGUUUUUUUUCCCCUUGUAAUUUAAUGAUUCCUUCUUGUGAUGUAGUGCUUUAUUUUGAUAAACAGUUUUACCUCAAGAAGGUAUUGCUCAUGAGCUUCCUCUGGCUAGGAUCACUGUAAAAGGAUAAUCAAGAAAGAGAGAGAAAAAAAAAAAAAACUAUGUUAAAUUAACCGCUGCGUAUGUAUAUUUUGGAAUUGCACUGAAACUGCGUUGAUUUGUUGUUUUGUAUGCUUGU